UUCGAUCCGAUCCGAGCUCUCGACGAGUUCAACUUCUUCACCGCGCCUCCUGAUCGAUCGUCUCCUCAUCUCCACGACAAGCCAUCGAAACCCUUCUUGCCCUAACUUCAGAUCAGCUACCUAGCUAGCUACCUGCUGCUUUGAUCCUUUCAGCACCUUAUUAGCUUCGUCCUCCCAUCGAGCCGCCGAUGACUCCUGCCGUCCCCCAAGAGCCAUGAGCAACGCCAGCAACAGCAAGAAGCAUAGCCUCCUCGCGCCAAAGGCCACCAUGGACAUGUCUCGCCUGCACCAGGCCUACGACCGCGGCUAGCUUAGCUCGCUCGCUCCACCAUCUCUAGCUAGCUAUAGGUUCUGCUUUGUCCUUUGCUGAACGUCGAUCGCUGGUCUAGUGCCUUAGCGUGAGAAAUUCGUAGCUAUUAGCAACGAUGAAGGAAGGGGGCGAGAAGAAGAACAUCCUGGCCAAGACGCUCCAGCGGUGCCGGACCUCGCUGGCCCACCGGAGGCGCCCGCCGGCGCCCCCCGACAGGGCGGCGGCGUCGUCGUGGGGCGCCGUGCCGGCGGCCGGCUACUUCACCGUGCUGGUGGGCCCGGAGAAGGAGCGGUUCGGCGUGCGCGCGCGCUGCGCCAACCACCCGCUGUUUCGGGCGCUGCUGGACGAGGCCGAGACCGAGUACGGCUUCGCCGGCUGCGACGGGCCGCUCGAGCUGCCCUGCGCCGUCGACGACUUCAUGGAGGUCAUGUGGGAGAUGGAGCAGGGCGACCCCGCCGCCUCGCCGGGCUGCGGCCGCUUCGCCGCCGGCACCAGCAGAGGGCACCACCUGCAGCAGCAGGGGCACCAGAUGAUGAGCCCCGCGAGGUUCCUCGUCGCCGGCCGCUCGUGAUCUUGCUGAUGGCCGGCGUCGGCGACUGUCCAAGUCCGAUCGCCGCCGCGCCGGCCGUUCACGUCAAUCAACUUCUCGUUGAAACAUCUUUUCUUUCUACUUUGUACGUAGACUAGAUCGAGUAUUUAUCAGACUCGAUCCGCCGGGCGCAUGCAGAACAGCAGACAAGUUUGUUCACCUGCUUUGUUUGCUUUAAUUUCGCUAAGGUUGUAACGUUUGUUUCAGUUUUACUCUUUUGCUGCUUGUAAUAUAUAGUUACGUUGAUCUCGUCUCUGCCUGGUAAUCACUAAUCCCAUGUUCUCUCCAUAUCAAUUAAUGAUGCAUGCAUGUCUUGUUUACUGCCAA